AGAAUUCAUAGCUGAAGGUGACACGUGGAUAUUAGUAAGUAAAUCUGGCAGAGAUUCCACACAUUUGCUUGAAUAUUUCUAGUUUCUCGAGCCUAUUUUCGUAAAAAACAACAACACAUUUCUUUGGAGUGUUAAGUUCAAACCGGUUUCGUGCGCACAGUGUGUUGGUUGUAAUCAAGAAACAGAAUACAUACAGAUUGUUGCAUUAUUUUGUACUAUAUAAAUGCUUGUUGCGUUAACGAAGCGGCCAUUUGUCCAUUUAGCCGCACUUUACCAGUGAUCACCGGAAGAGAACACAGCUUUACUCUUCCUCAACCGAUUUUUUUAAUCGUACUUGCUAUUGCAAAGGAAAACGAUGGAUAUUCAUUUGAAAAGUCUGGUAGUAAUAACAGCGUUUGUCUAUGGAGCAAGCGCUUUUGAUUAUGUGAUUUUCGGGCCAAAAUCACUGCGGUCCAGUCAAGUGUUGCCGAUAUCUAUUUUGUGCCGGAAUACCUCGUCGGACGUUAAGGUGGAUGUAACUAUUCAGCCUCGACCGCAGGCAUACGCAGAUUUCCAAGAUACGGAUAUCAAGAACAAGUUGACUUUUACGCAGUCUUUCCUUGUUAAACCGAAUCAACUAAGUCAGCUGGAUUUCAAGGUUGGUGAUUUAUCAGUUUACCCGACCAAAACCGCUUUCUCUAUGGAUUUAGUUAUCAAUGGUUCCAAUGCCGAAGACUUUUUUAAUCGGGCUGUGUACAGUUUGACUGUGGAGAGUGAGGAGUCGAAAAGUGUGAAACAACAGUUGGUUUUCAUUCAAACUGACCAGCCAUUGUAUAAAGCCAAAGAUACCGUUCGAUUUCGAAUUGUUACUGUUGACCAACAACUACUUCCUGUAUAUGCACCUUUCACUAUUCGCGUUUUGGAUCCUCAAAAUAACAUUGUGAAGCAAUAUAGCAACGCCUCGGAUCCUAAUGCUGUUGGAUUUUUUGCCGGUGAUUUCCUUCUGUCCACUGACCCACUGAUAGGCGCAUGGAAAAUCGAAGUGCGCAGCGGCGAUUUACAGAAGGUCAUGGGAAGCAAGCAGUUUUCCGUUGACGAAUAUGUUUUGCCACGCUUUGACGUCAAAAUAUCUGCAAUUGAUCCGCCUGUUGUUACAAUUGAUUCCGUGCUGCAGUUCGUCGUGGAUGCAAACUACACAUUUGGUGAACCCGUGAAAGGAAACCUGGAAGUCAAAUUAAUUGAACCUAUAAGUAGUUCCAGACGAAUCAUCGGUCGACGCAGCAAUGUGCAUGAAACGGACCGGUUAAAUACUACUGUUUCUGUUACGGAUUUUAACGGACGCUACAAGUUUACUGUCCCUUUAAGCCGUUCCGUACUGAAUCCAGAGAAAAAGUACAAGUUAAGCAACCUGGAAAUCCGUGCUAAUUUUACCGAAGCGCUGACCGGACAAACUAAAAACGCUACAGCAUUUGUACGCGUCAGUGAUUUGCCGUACAAAUUAGAAGUAACGAACAACGCCAGCACAUUUUCGCCGGGACACCCAUACACUUUUCGCGCCCUCGUCAGCGAUCUCGUUGGGCGUCCACUGCCUCCCAGCACCAAAAAGGUCAACAUCGAAAUUUCGUUCUUCGAUAAACGUGGUUACUGGGGAACCCAGCUGACCAAAUAUACAAACAUCAAUAAAACCGGAAACGGUUCAGACGCAGACAUCUCGCCAGAUUCGUUUUACCGUGGAUCCGUCGGUCCUCGUCUUCCGUCGUGGGCAGUGUCAUGGCCACAGUCACAGGUCGAUGUGAUAAACUCCUCCAUUCCUGCUGAUGGCAUCGUCGACGUCAUUUUCAAAACACCUAAAGAGGCUCGUCGGAUUGAGAUAAAGGUCACGUAUUUGGAGGAAGAGAAACGUUUCACCGUCAAAGGAAAGGAAUCGCCGAGCAGCAGUUUUCUGGAGAUAAAACAACUGUCAGAUGAUCUGCAGAGUGGAAAUUCUGCAACUUUUGGCAUCAAUAUGACAACGAGGACAAACGAAGCAAUUCAAAUUCUGGUCCAAUCAAACUCCAACAGCAGCUUUUUAUGGAGUAACUCAACAUCUGAAACCGGUCCAUACGUCGUAAUUUCCGUUCCCAUUCUGGAGGCGAUGGGUCUCAUUGGUCGGUUGAUGGUCUACUAUGUGCGAGCCGAUAAGGAAAUUGUUGGAAACAUUUUCGUCCUGUCACCGACACCAACAAUGAAAAACACUGUUGAUGUGUCGGCUGAAGCAACCAGCGGAUUCGGUUAUGCCCAGCCCGGCGAGGAGGCGCUCUUUAAAGCCAACACUAGUCCGUCAGCCUUUGUGGCUUUUCUGGCUGUGGAUGAGAGCUUGCUACUGAUGAAAACCGGGAAUGAUCUUUCAGCCGAUGAGGUGAACUGGGUAAUAAGCAAGGACAGAUUCGUUAUACCGUCAGAUAUCUAUUCCGUGGAAGAUUACUUUGACAAAACUUACACCUCUGGCCAGUUCAUACUGACCAAUAACCAACUCCCCACAUCCCGAGAAGAGCGACCAUGGUCUUAUCACAGGCGGUACAGCCCGUCGCGUGGGCGUGGCUGGGGUGGUGCCCGUUCCGGCGGUUCCUCACGCUUUGCAAGUGCAAGUAGCAGUCGUAAAUCGUGGUCUAUGAGCGCUAGUAGUGCCUCGUCUGGCAGCGUCGGUAUUCCUGGAAGACAGCCUGAUGUGGAGUUAGAGUCUUUUGCAUACACGGAACUUCCGCCGACGUCAAAAGCACCAUUCAGUGAGGAAAGCUCCGUAGAAAACUUGGAAACUCCACAUCAAACGCGAAAGGAUUUCCGUCAGAGUUUCUUGUUUGAAACAGCAUUUUCUAACUCCAACGGACUGGUGGAACUGCAUUCAAAAGUGCCGGAUGCAAUAACAACAUGGAGAAUCUCGGCGUUUAGCUUGAGUAACACUAGCGGUCUUGGAUUAACCUCCACUCCGGCCAAGUUGAAAGUUUUUCAGCCCUUUUUUGCUGUACUGAAUUUGCCGUUCAGCAUAGUGCGGUUUGAAAACCUGACUGCCGAAGUGCUGGUCUUCAAUUACAUGUCGCAAAAACAAGAUGUGACGGUCCAGCUGCAAAUUCGCAAUCCCGAUAAUACAACGGCUACGUUGAAAAAGAAUGUUCUCGCCAAACCGAACGAAGGCACCACCGCAACUUUCACGAUCAUUCCCCAGCAGAUUGGUGAUCUAAUACUGAAAGUGACCGCUCAAUCGUCAUUUGCUGCCGACCAGCUGGAGAAGACCCUUCCAGUCAAACCCGAAGGCGUCAAACAGUACUUCACAAAACCGGUUUUUAUUGAUCUCCGCCAAUCAGCCAGUAUGAGCGCACCAAUCACCUUGCCGUCCGAUCCAGCUGGUAAAGUUGACGGAUCCGAUCGAGUGGAAGUGAGAGUGGUCGGUGACAUUCUGGGCGCGGCUAUGAAUAAUUUGGAUAAGCUAAUUCGCCUGCCUACUGGAUGUGGCGAGCAGAAUAUGGCAACGACCGUCCCUAAUUUAGUGGUUGCGAAAUAUCUUAAACAGCUCAACCAGUUGGCUGAACCCCAAAAGUCCAAGCUGUUAGCGAAUAUUCAACUGGGAUAUCAACGGGAACUGACCUAUCGUCGUGGUGAUAACUCUUACAGCGCAUGGGGCAAAUCUGAUCCAAAAGGCUCAACAUGGUUAACCGCUUACGUCGCCCGCGUUUUCGCCGAAGCGGUAGAGUUUGUCCCGAGCAUUGAGGAUGACGUGAUCAAAACGGCAUUGCGCUUUUUGGUAGAUCAGCAAAAUACCGAUGGAUCGUUUGAAGAGAACGGCAGAGUUAUUGACAAACAGCAUCAAGGCGGUGCUUCCAAAGGCAUUGGAUUGACAGCGUUUACGUUGAUAGCCUUCUUGCAGUACAAAGAGUCCGGUAAACCUGUUGUCGUUAAAUUUGACGAAUCCAUGCAGAAAGCCACAAAUUAUCUGGAAUCCAAAUUGAAUACACUGAGCAACGAUUCUUACGCUCUAGCCAUCACGGCUUAUGCGCUGGCAAAGGCAAAGAGUGAAAAGAACGCUGCUGCCUUGGAUUUACUGGAACAGAAAAUGAUUCGAAAUUCUUCGUUGGCGUACUGGACAACUACGGCCUCCCUUUCUGAUCAAGGCGCCGAUGAGGAGCACUCCUAUCCAACGAAUGCUAAGGAUGUUGAAGCGACAGCUUACGCGCUUUUAGCAUUCAUGGCUAACGGGAAAGUAUCGUCCGCUCUGCCCAUUGUUUCGUGGCUGAUCUCGAAGCAGAAUGCAGAGGGUGGAUUUAUUUCUACGCAGGAUACUGUAGUCGGCUUGACGGGCUUGGCAGAGUUUGCGAAAGUUUUUGUCAAUCCGCCAUCAAUGCAAAUUGAUGUGAAGUACAAUGACCAAUCAAAACAGUCGGUGUCCGUCACUCCGCAAACAGCCGUCAUCCUUCAAACAAUUGAACUACCAAAGAAACCGAAAAGUAUUUCCUUGAACGCUCAAGGCAAUGGUGUAGCCUUAGCCUAUUUGAGUUGGACGUAUCACGUGGGAAAACCCAAAGAAGAUGUGGCGUUUGACCUUAACAUUACCAAAACGGUUUCCACAGCGGAUCUUCGUAUGGGAAUAUGCAGCAGGUAUACUCGUGACGGUAAGAGCAGCAUGGCUGUUAUUGAAGUCAACACGCUGUCGGGUUCCCAGUUCGAUGAAGAUGAACUUCGUAAACUGCCAAAGAUGGUCCCUGGUCUGCGAAAAACGGAAAUGGAGAAUAAGGAUACCAAAUUGAAUUUGUAUUUCGAUGAGUUGAAUGAGUCAGCGACAUGUUUCAAGCUGACCAUGUAUCGAAUCUACAAAGUGAAGGAUCUCAAAGACCAGAGCAUAGUUGUUUAUGACUACUACAAUCCUAAGGAGCGGAAGACUGUAUCGUACAAUUUGUAGUAUUUGUUACGUUCUUUUGUGCAUCGAGCUUUUGAGAGAAUUGGUUCGUUACAAAUAGUUGUGUUAUGUUCUGAACAUUUGUGUGAAUGAAGAAUGCAGGAAUAUUAAAUUACAUAAUGGUUUUUCUGUUAAUAGAUGUAUCGUGCACAAGUGCUUAUU